AUGGCUAGUCGACCUGUAGUGAUCGACGUUCUUCGUUUCUUGUGGCAAUGCGAUGAACACGAAUUUCCACACCCCCGGCAUCGUCUCCGGCUGUCCCUCGCUGUGCUACUCUUAACGUAUCUCGGCGUCAGACCGGGGGAGUUUUUAGAGUCUAGUGCUUCUCGCGGGGGCAAUGGGGGCGUGCUAUAUGGCGACCUCUCGAUCUUCGUGGUACCGGAUCCCACCGCCUCGGACAAGCGCAGUACUGCUCGCUUUGCAGUGCUCGUUCGACUACGAAACCGCAAGAACAACCGCCUCAAGCAGUACAACAACGUAUACCUACCCCUGGUCGAGGGUGUAGACCGCCGCGAGCUGUGUCCUGUCACACAGAUCCUAGCACUUGCGAUGGCAGAUCAUGCUAUCGAACAGGUUGAGUGUCCCGACGACCUUGAGCGGGUCCGCUAUCGAGAUGGACAGGCUGUCAGACGACUUCAUAUCCGAGCUACUUACGAGCAGGUCCCGCUUUUGCGAGCUAUGGAUCGUGAUAGGACAAUUUCCAAAACGAACAUACUCUCAACCGACUCGUUGCGCACACAGCUUACGACACUUGGCCAGAGAGCGCAGUACAACGACCCUAUGGUGGCGUACAACUUCCGCCGAAUGCAUGGAAAUAUGCUCGACAGCAACGUUACGAGCGCUCGGCGACGUAAGAACUUUGGCCAUUAG